UGGUCAGCCAGAACACAAAAUACUCAAGCUACGGCCAACAAGGAAACCCACCACACAUCAUGGCUGUGGGGAUUUUCCGCUGUGUCUCUCCUAUUGAUGUUUUUUCUAUAAUUAUUAUUUGUAUAGCAAUUUCACAGAGGAGCCCAUAUCAUGGCUUGGGACUGCGCUCUUCUAGGUGCGAUACAAACACUAAGACCCUUUCUCAAAGGGGUGAUCUCCAACCCAUGGUCCCCACUGUGUCCUCUCAGGGAGAUUAAGGUCAGAGAUGCACUGUGUCCUGUAGCCAGAGCAGAGAGCUACAAGAGAGAGCUCCUGGCUGCUAAUGUACCUUUGCCACAGGCCCAGUUUUGGUCUGUAACACAGCACCCAAUUUAAGCGUGCCUCUGUUUUUCCACCUACAACAUAAAGAUAGCAGUAGUUCUUUGCCUCAACCUAGGAGUAGGUUGUGAAGUGUAAUUUUUACGGAGUAUACUGUAAUCUGCAAUCCAAUCUUCAAUCUGCCGUCCCAUCUCUACAUUCAGUGGCAGAGACUAUCUCACAGUAAGUUUUUCUGCUUAGCCCCCUCCACAGCUAUGUGUUUUCCCCAGAGUUGAGAUCCAUCAGGCGCCUAAACGCACACAACCACUCCCUGCUCUUCAGUUGGCUGGAGGGACCUUUGAGAUGAACUCUGUCUCCCUAGUUGAAGAGUUUUAAUUCUCAUCACUGCUGCAUACAGGGCUGAUGUGCUGGGGAAACAAAUGAGAAAUUACCCCCCAAACCACAGAGAUUUACCUGCUGUUUUUCUGUGUUUCUGCCCAGGCAGUGAAUGGAAAAUGCCACGUUCUUUUUUGGUGAAGAGCAAAAAGGCUCAUACCUAUCAUCAGCACCGCUUUGUGGAAGAUGACCUGCCUAUACUCAUGUGGGAUCCAAUAACCUCUCCCUUCACUGCCAUAGGAGACAAGACACCGGAGGAUACCAAGAAACAGGACCUAGAAUGCCUGGUUCCAAAACAAGAAAAGGACCCAUCUGAACUGAAGGAAGAAAGUGUCCCUGUCCAGUACCUGAGCAGGAUGCUGCCAGGCCCUUCAGCUCAAGAGAUGGCCAUCCCAGGUCUGCAGAUCAAAGACUGCAGUAACACGACAAGCACCCCUACCUUCUACAAAACCGGCUUUUCUUGGGAUGCUUUCCAUUUGCCAUACAGCUACCGACAGAUGUCUUCUACCAUGCAGUCAGCCCUCUUAGAGCACCCAGUUAGCCUGUACGGAAGCCACCUCCUGCCAAGCACCGAGCCCCCUCUGGAUUACAGCAUGCAUUACUCCUCGGACAUGGAGACCUACCACUGUGUGAAGUGCAACAAGGUAUUCUCCACUCCCCAUGGACUGGAGGUCCAUGUCCGAAGGUCUCACAGUGGGACCCGACCUUUUGCUUGUGAAGUAUGCGGCAAAACCUUUGGACACGCUGUAAGCCUGGAGCAGCACACCAAUAUUCACUCCCAGGAAAGAAGUUUUGAGUGCAAGAUGUGUGGGAAGACAUUCAAACGUUCCUCCACCCUCUCCACUCAUCUCCUGAUCCAUUCAGACACACGGCCCUAUCCCUGCCAGUACUGUGGCAAGCGCUUCCACCAGAAGUCGGAUAUGAAGAAACACACUUACAUCCACACCGGGGAGAAGCCCCACAAAUGCCAGGUAUGUGGCAAAGCCUUCAGCCAGAGCUCCAACCUCAUCACUCACAGCCGCAAGCACACAGGCUUCAAGCCCUUCAGCUGUGAGCUCUGUGCCAAGGGCUUCCAGCGCAAAGUGGAUCUACGGAGGCACCGAGAGACCCAACACAGUCUCAAGUGAGGGACGGCUCCAGGUGUCUUCUGGAGCUCCCACUGCCAGUGCAUGCUCCAGGGAAGAAGAAUCUCCCUGGCAUCUCCAUCCAGCGUGUGGCUGCCCACCUCAUAAAGCUCAUAUAGCAUCCUAUGUUCCCCUGGGGACUGGAAAAGUCAUGUUACUGGCUUUGGUGUUCUGGCACUCCAAAGCCUUGCACAUCCCAGUAGGUGACAAAGAAAUGUGUGGGAGCUCUCACUUUUCAAUUACAGCAGGUACCAGCCCGGAUCUGACAUCACCUGCUCAAGUGCAAAUCCAGAGAAAUUCCUCCAAGAUCACCUUUACUCUGGAUUUACACCGUGUGCAGAAUCCAGUUCAUCAGACUGACCAGCAGCGAGGUGGGAACUCCUGGGCUAAUGGCAGCAACAAUCUGUGCCAAGCUAGUGCUGUAACCAUGUUCUGCUUUGAUGGUUAGGAAGAUAAGGCUAGGGCAUGCAAAUAGAUUGCAUUCAGUGAGCUGUGUUCAACCUGGACAGGGCUUCUGCAGAGACUUGCCCAGGUCAUAAAUUCUGGCAACAGACACCUAAAGUAAUUUUCUUUCAGCGGAGCAUUUACUGUGAUCAAAUGACAAGUUAACUGUGUUGUAUUUUUAGCUUGGAGUGGGAGGAAAAUACUGAAAAAACAGCUCCUAUCCCUAGCUGAUAGCAGGGGUCUCUAAAUGCAUUCCUCAUACGUACCAUGCUGCGGAGAUCCCGGGGUUAGUGGCAACCAAGCAAGCUCCAGGAAGAGCCAAGUCACAGCACUAGGCAUAAGCUAACAAGCCCCAUGUCUCAGUACCAUGCGAGAGAGACUGGCUGCUCUUGGAAUCCAGGCUGGUAUGUCCCACAAUAGUUCACUGCAUGCUGGACAUACCAACUUGGAGCUGUCCUGGGCAAUCCUGUGUCACUGUAUGGUCAGGAAUGGCCCUUGGAUAUCAAUGUCGAGGGCCAGAGUUCUGCUUUCCAGCGACUCUUAAAGGAGGAAGUGAUCUAGACUGUACACAUUGGCAUAGUAUGCAAGUACCUUACAAAUAUUAUACAGAGAAGUGGUAUUUCCUCCUUUUUCCAGGUCUAGGGGUUGAAGCAAAGCACUGGAACAAGUAAAGAGCCAGUUUCCCUCCAAGCUCUAAGUUCUCACUAUAUAACCUUUGGCAAGUCACUGCACUGGGCUUUUUUCUCCACCCCUCCUGGUGAUGUGGAGUCAUUCACUCAGGUUUGUAGAGUCCCUUGAGUUCUUAACAGGAAGGACAAAGUAUUAUUAUAGCAUUAAAAAGCCAAGCGCUUUCAGUUAAGCAGGGCAUUGUAGCAGCACACAGCCCACUCCGUAACUACAUCCCUGAACACAUGGCCUUGGACAACGACACUGGUGGGAAGCAGCCUGAAGAACAGGCUGUGGCACUAGCCAUUUCACUCCAAAUGCUUGUGAAGGAAGGCUGCCAUCACGGGCAAAGAAGAAACAUCCAAGUGGAAAAUUCAUUUACUGCCAGGAGAGGUCUGUCCUACCCUCAGUUACACUGCUGUAAAUCCAAAGCCAUUUUUCUAAGACCUAAAAUGUAGUUGCCCCUGUUUUAUGCUGUGCCUAAGCUGUUAGUUGUUAAUAUGCAUUCUGGAAGCUCAAAACAGAGUCUGUACUCCUGGCUUUACUUGUACACUGUAAAUAUGUAUUUAUACUUAUUCUAAUGUAUAUUUUUAUUGCACUAUACCAGACAGUGACAACAUGUACAGGCCUGCUGGGAUUUAUCUGAUAAAUCUGUUCCCUCUUGGUAACUGGGCUAACACAGUGUAUUUCAUGUUAAAACCAUCCAUUUCAAGAAAUGAAAUAUAUAUAUACACCUCACUCUGGAGAUUCAGGCAGUGGGGAUGGAGGGGCAAAGGAGAAGGGAAAGAGUACAACAUUGCCCAUACAGUUCAAGUGGAACUAAAGAUGGAAAUUCAUAUGCAGAACAGGGCUCCCAUCAGGAACAAAGCUCCCAAACUUAGACAUGAAAGAAGUCAGAUCCAGGGAGCAGGGGCCUGUUGGCUACAGAACAGCCACGAACAACGCUCAAAGCCUGGGAUCAGGGGACAUUGAUCUUCAGAGACAGAUUCGUGCAGAGUCCCAGACAGGCAGCAAGUCAGCUCUCCAGAGCAAGAGGGCUGUGCCACCACAACCACAUCAGAUGACACGGGAUUGUGUACCAGCAGAUGGUGUUACCGAAGCCCCCAUUAAAACUCUGUUGGCCUUUCCUGGGUCAUGCCAGAACCUGGUCAGGACAGGGACUCCCAGGGAAGGUGUAUAACCUGUGACGGAACUGGGCUUAGGGAACUGGUCCCCAGCUCCUGACCAUGACACCAGGCAUGCACGCACACACAUGUGAACGCUCUCACACAUGUACACAUGCACAAGCCUUACUCAAGGUAAAGUAAUUUCAGCUUAUUAAAACCGCUGCCAAAACUGUGUUGUUAUUCCCCUUGUACCCCACAAAUCUGCAAACAGAAUAAUUUAAAGAGCAUGUCAGCGUCUGAACUGCUCAGGAGUGAAUACCCUCCAGCCCCAAAACACACGGGCACACCAGUACAGACUUCCCUGUCUGUGUCCUGGGGACAGCAGGUGUGUCUGACUCAUCUGAACCUCCCCAAUUUUGGCCAUUCGGGGGGGGGGGGGGGGGGGGGGGGAAGUGCUGGCACACACUGAUCAGCACUGUGGCAAGACUGCUUGUAAAACCGCUCAUAAAAACAAAUCAGACAGCUGGUUCUUCUGAGCCUGCUGAACAAGGGCUACUGUAUCCAUUAGAUUUCCAUUCCUAUCUUUGAUUUCCAGGGUACAGAGGAGGUAUAACCUUCAACGGGCAGCUGGGGUCUCCUGUCCUAAGGCUGUGCUUCUCCAGCCUGCUUCUCCCUCCUAACAAAGCACAGAUCACCCCAGUCCUGUCUUUUAUUUCCCCAGGACUCUAGGGCAGGCAGCUGCUUUCACCAUUUUUGCGAUUUCUGAGCCCAGAGAUUACUGAAGAGCAGUUACACUGGAGAAGACAGUGUCAGCCUUACACUUACAUUUGUGAGGAGCCUGGAGAGCACAUCCCCAGGAGACGCAAGGACUGCUUUAGAUGGAUGGGCAGCAAGUAGAGAAACACACUGGGAUGGCCUUAGGCAGCGUGCUGCCGCAGAGCCAUGCUCAGGAAAACAUGUCUGUGGCCAAAGCAACCUGGGGGGGGGGCAGGCUGACCCACUCCCACAGGCACUGGGAGUGUAUCUCCAGAAACACAGGCUGUGGAUGGAGGCCAGCUGGCAAAGGCACCUGUGAGACAGUACAGCCAGAGUCAGGAGGUGACCUGGGACGGGAGGAAGAGCAGAGGGAAUUAACUUAGAGUUGCCACUAAGGCACUACAGUUUCUUCCCCCAGAGUAACAAGGUGCCACUUUCAGACCCCUGGGUAACACUGCCUGAGCCCCAUCCUUCCUUUAGGACUAUGGAUGUCAGCAACCCAAAAGAAAAACUAGGCAGAGCCCCACAGCCCCUUGUUCACUGCAACCCCUGAUCAGGGAGAGCCGUUUCCCGAGGAAGAGGAUGGAAGGACCCAGCUUGGCUCUGCUCCGGAGCAAACAGCGGCACCCUGCAUGGUUCCCCGGGCUUUCAUCUGCACCCCCUGAAGCUCUGGAAAUGCAGGUGAAGGAGCGAGGAAGGAAGCAGUUCUGGCAUUCCCCAAACCUCGCCACGCCAGGCUGGGGGAGAGCCUUCCCCUCCCAACACGGCACCAGCCACGGGCAGGCCUGCUGCAUGGAGCAGGCAAAGGGCUUCCCUGAUCCUUGCAGCUACUGAAUCCACACAAGGGUUACCCAGGGAUGCUCAGCACCUGUCAGGAUCAGGCCAUGGUCGUCACCAACUCCAAACACACCUGGCCUCGCUCUCCAGCCAUGCAAAUCUUCCCCAGUUCUGACCACUCUGGAAACAACCCCUUUCCCACCAUGUCCCCUUGCAUCAAAAAAAUAUUCUCGUCAGUCAAUCAAGGAAACAGAUAACAAAAAGCAAAAUCUCAACUAAUCUUUGUGGCUGAAGAAAGAGCUGAUUGUUUUUGCCUCUCUCUGAGCCCGCCCUGUAUCCUGCACUUCCCCAGUCCUCUUCACACCUUCUUCCCUUUAUUGCCAGGGAAAGAAAAUCCUGGUCUUUGGGCUGUUUUGUUUAGCAAAUGAGGGACAUGCAAAGCAAUAACCCUGGGCAUCUGUCAGAAGGAGAGAGGUGCCUCUGUGUCUUCCAGACAGCCUUCAGGCGCUGAGAGCAGCAGCCCAGAAAUACUAUGAUCAAGGGUAGAUUUAAGUUUGGACACAGGAUGCAUCUUUCUCUUCCUAAUGAAGACAGAGGCACAGAACACCUGCAGGAAGCAGAGGUGUGUUCCCAGCUAGCACAGCAUUAUGCUGGAGCUUAUCUUCAGGUUGUAUUAACCUCCAUGGAGUGGAAUAAUAAAGAAGGCAAAACCCUGAAGUUUUCACGUGGUGUUGGCAAUGGUUAGGGAAGGCCUGAAAGGAGCUGAGAGGAAGGACAGGGAAGAAUUAGGCUCCAGUUGGGUACAUGUUUUAUUGGAAAAAAAAUUACUCGCUGAGUCCAGUUGCUUCCUGCCCUAGACCUCCUGAGAAAGCAUUUUCAGUGAAAAAAGAUAAGAGCAGAGUCCCUUGUCCUCGCAGCAGGUCGUUCCCCCAGGGCCACACAGCCGUAGGUGAUGGGGACACACCAGCAGGUUAGUUCUAACCCAUCAGCACAGCACACAAGGGGAAACCUGAAAGCUUUAGACAAUCUCCCAGAAAUAGCUGCAUACAUACGUUUCCUUGUGAACAUUCCUGCCUGCCGUUAAGGGCCUAACUUGGGAACAGAUAGGGAGCUUGACCUGCAAGGCUGCUACAGAAUAAAAAAAGCACGCCCCACACAAUUUUUUAUCACUUAUUCUGCUCACAAAGCAGAGAUGUUUUUCCACUUUUGCCCUGGAAUAGCACAUGCACACGGAGAAUACAACCCAGAACAGCCACACCAAAAUUAUUCAAUGACAGUUAAAUCAGUCAGUUGCCUCUGUGCUGGAUGAGACCUAAGAAAAUGCAGAUCCCUGCAGAGUUCCUGACCCACCAUCUUUUAACUAACAGUCACCAUGGACACACUGAUCUUAAGGCUGCAACCCUGAACCGAGACUUGAGAUCUGUCACACGUUUCCUGCAUGACCUCAGGCAAGCCAUGAGCGCUGGAUUUCUGAAGUUGUUCAACACACUGUGAAGCUCACAGAAAGCUUCACCCCAUCUGUGAGAGGAGGAUAAUUCCCCCUCUCCUCUUCAUUUCACUUGUUUAUUUCAACGGUAAGAUAGUCAGGAACAGGACUGCCCCUCCUUAUCUUCUACAUACAGCACCUCGCACAAUGGAGCCUUGAUCUCGGCUGGAACGCCCAAGUGCUACUGCGAUACUAAUAACGAGCAAUAGAAACUUAAUUCGGCAAAGCAACCUAAUUCUGUAACUGGCUUAGAAAGAAAUCCUCUAAGCGUGCACAGCGAGACCCCUACAUUAAAACCACUAAACUGCCAGAUGAGCAGAGAAACAGGGCAAGCAGAAACACCGAGAGGAUAAACCAGCCAUGUGCAGCAUUUCCACCGGUGAGCAAUAUUCCAGGGAGAGAGGUAGACCUGGGUAUGGAUGCUACGAACAUCCCACUUGAUGCCCUCAUUUUAAAGGUGUUGCUUCAAUACAAGCAUUUUUCAAUCUGGUCCUUGGGCUGAUUUUGACCUGUUGGCCGAAGGGUGAUCUGUGUUCACCGUACCAGAUGGCAAGGCAGGCAGAGAGCAGAGUCCCUACGAAUGGGGAAAUCUGAGGCUGGGGAGGAGCUGAGCAUGCACUGGGCUUAGCUUUGGUCUGAUAAGUUUAUCAAGCACUGCCGGCUGCUAACUGUCAGCCGGCAAAGCGGGCCUGUUAGGGAGGAGGAACAGCUCCCAGGGCAAGAUAGGACAGCCCAUGCCUUAUCGGAGUGCCUGAACCAAAGAGAGAACUGGAGAGUGAGCACUUUCCAACCACUUCAUCUGAACAACAGACAGAUUGGCAGGAAAGGCCUGUCAGCCCUUUGCUUCUGCCACCCAGGCAUCAACAGGGAGCCCCCAUCCAUGCAAAUAACCCUG